AUGGCGGCGAGGCCAGUGUCCCGGAUGCUGCAGCGGGUGCUGAGGUCCAGCGUCCGGAGCUGCAGCUCGGGGGCUCCAGUGACGCAGCACCGCCCGGGGGAGCCCUCCCAAACUGCGGUGGAGGAGCUGUCCAGACGGAGACAGUUCCUGAGAGAGCACGCGGCCCCCUUCUCCGCCUUCCUCACUGACAGCUUCGGCCGGCAACACAGCUACCUGCGAAUCUCCCUCACCGAGAAGUGCAACCUCAGAUGUCAGUACUGCAUGCCUGAGGAGGGCGUCCCACUGACCCCCAAGGCUGACCUGCUGACCACAGAGGAGAUCCUGACCCUUGCCCGGCUCUUUGUGAAAGAAGGCGUAGACAAGAUCCGGCUUACUGGGGGAGAGCCGCUCAUUCGGCCGGAUGUGGUGGACAUUGUGGCUCAGCUCCACCGGCUGGAAGGGCUGAGGACCAUUGGCAUCACCACCAAUGGUAUCAACCUUGCCCGGCUGCUGCCUCAACUUCAGAAAGCUGGGCUCAGUGCCAUCAACAUCAGCCUGGAUACCCUGGUGCCAGCCAAGUUUGAGUUCAUCGUCCGCAGGAAAGGUUUCCACAAAGUCAUGGAGGGCAUCCACAAGGCCAUCGAGCUGGGCUACAGCCCUGUGAAGGUGAACUGUGUGGUGAUGCGAGGCCUAAAUGAGGAUGAGCUCCUGGACUUUGUGGCCUUGACCGAGGGCCUCCCCCUGGACGUGCGCUUCAUAGAGUACAUGCCCUUUGAUGGCAACAAGUGGAACUUCAAGAAGAUGGUCAGCUACAAGGAGAUGCUGGACACCCUCCGGCAGCAGUGGCCAGAGCUGGAGAAGCUGCCCGAGGAGGAAUCCAGCACAGCCAAGGCCUUUAAAGUCCCUGGUUUCCGAGGCCAGGUCAGCUUCAUCACCUCCAUGUCUGAGCAUUUCUGUGGAACCUGCAACCGGCUGCGAAUCACAGCAGACGGGAACCUCAAGGUCUGCCUCUUCGGGAACUCGGAGGUGUCUCUACGGGAUCACCUGCGGGCGGGGGCCUCCGAGGAAGAGUUGCUGCAAAUCAUCGGGGCCGCUGUGGGCAGGAAGAAGCGGCAGCAUGCAGGCAUGUUCAGUAUUGCCCAGAUGAAGAACCGGCCCAUGAUCCUCAUCGAGUUACUUUUGAUGCUCCAAGAUUCCCCACCAGCCAUUCCAAGCAUUUCCUCCCAGGACCCCUUUCGUGUUCAGGGUAUAGGACACAGAGUGAGUUUCUCCAACCAGAUGGCGACUUUGUGGAAAGGAUGCCGGGGCCCCCGGACCUCUCUCCUUGCCCAGCGGUGGCUGGGGUCCGGCCCCCCUCAGAGACACUGCAGUUCCCGCCUAGACUCAGAUACCAACCCCAAGUGCCUUAGUGCAGUGUCCCGGGCUCCUGCCACCCCCUCAGGACCCCCGCCAACCUCGGACCAACUAACCCAUGUGGACGCAGAAGGACGGGCAGCUAUGGUAGAUGUGGGCGGGAAGCCGGACACGGAGCGGGUGGCUGUGGCCUCGGCUGUGGUCCUUCUGGGGCCCGUGGCUUUCAAGCUUGUCCAGAAGAACCAGCUAAAGAAGGGAGAUGCCCUGGUGGUGGCCCAGCUGGCCGGAGUCCAGGCCGCCAAGCAGACCAGCCAGCUGAUUCCUCUGUGCCACCACGUGGCCCUGAGCCACGUCGAGGUACAACUGGAGCUGGACAGCACACGCCAUGCCGUGGGGAUCCAGGCGUCUUGCCGGGCUCGGGGCCCCACUGGGGUGGAGAUGGAAGCCUUGACCGCGGCUGCUGUGGCCGCCCUCACCCUCUACGACAUGUGUAAGGCUGUCAGCAGAGACAUUGUAUUGGGAGAAAUCAAGCUUAUUAGCAAGACUGGGGGGCAGCGGGGGGACUUCCAUCGGACUUAG